AUGGAUGGAUAUGGAGGUGGAGGGGAUAUUCGAGAUUCGUCCAAGCUACAGCAUCUCGAAUCAUUUGCUGAGAAUCCCACAGGGAGUGCUGUAUUUGAUGCUUCCCAAUAUGAGUUCUUUGGUGGCGAUGUGGUUGAUGAAGUCGAGCUUGGAGGUUUAGAAGACGAAGAUGAUGAUCCUACUCCAGUUGGGUUUGAGGAAGAAGAGUUUCAGUUUGGCAAGGAAGAGGAAGAUGUAUUGGGAUCUCUGUCUGAAAUUGAUGAUCUUUCAUGCACGUUUUCUAAGUUAAACACAGUUGCUGGUGGGCAAACUAAUGCUGGAGUUAGGAGAGAAUGGGGAUCCAGAGAAAGUUCCUCUGCUUCCGAGUUGGCCCGAGACACUGAUUACAGUAAUUGGCUCGAUCAGCGUGCGUUUGACACCGAAACAGUUCAAGAAAGCCCGAAAUGGGCCCCACACCCAUAUUCUUCCUCAGCCCGCUUUAUCGAACCCAAUUCACUACACAGAACAUCUUCAUACCCCGAGCAACAGCAACAGCAGCAACAUCCACACCCACUGCAAGUAGGCCUACGCCACCAGCAUUCGAGCGAACCAAUUCUUGUCCCGAACUCACCAUUCACUUCCUACCCACCUCCCGGAGGGAGAUCAUCUCACCAAGCUUCACCCAAUGGCCAGUUUAGUAACAAUAUUCCAUUCCGCCCACAAAUCAAUUCUCAGCUUCAAAUGAGCGUCUCGCCCCAUGGGCCUCAGUUCAGUGGAAAUCUCAAUCUGCCUCAGGUACCACCUCAUGGCCUCUCACUCAACACUCAAAUCCAUAACCAACACUUGAAUCAUGCCGGUGUGUACCAUAAGAACGGUUUAAUGCCUCCUCAGAUGAUGCCACCUCAGCGAACUGGAAUGCAGCGUCCUUUCCAGCCGCCGAUCUCCCAUUUACAGACUCAAAUAUUAAACCAGCACCUUUCUGCAUCCCCACCGAACUUCGACUUGCUUCCAAGAGCUAGACAUUCCAUGAUUCGCCAUCCUCACCCAGGAGGCUCGAAUUGGACGAGAUUCAAGUCGAAGUACAUGUCAGCUGACGAGAUCGAUAACAUCCACAGGAUGCAACUUGCCGCAACCCACAGCAACGACCCGUAUGCCGAGGAUUACUACCAUCAAGCCAUCCUGGCUCGAAAAUCGGCUAACGCUAAACUGAGACAUCAUUUCUGCCCGACUAAUUUGAGAGACAAUUCCUCGAAACCUCAUUCGAGCGACGAGCCACACCCUUUCCUCCAGGUCAAUGCCCUCGGGCGAGUCUCCUUCUCCUCCAUAAAAAGGCCCCGUCCGCUCCUCGAGGUGGAAUCACCAAAUUUGUCCCAAAACAGCGGUGAAUAUGCUGAGUCGAAAGUUACUCAGAAGCCUCUCGAGCAAGAGCCCAUGCUUGCGGCCCGAGUGGCUAUUGAGGACGGUAUAUGCCUUUUGCUCGAUGUGGACGAUAUCGAUCGUUUUCUGCAGUUCAACCAACUCCCGGAUGGUGGGGCCCAGCUGAGGCAAAGGAGGCAAAUCCUUCUCGAAGGCCUGGCUUCGUCCUUGCAGCUCGUCGACCCUCUUGCUAGAAAUGGGAACACGGUGAAUUUAGCUCCUGGGGACGAUUUUGUUUUUUUACGAUUAAUCUCUCUUCCCAAGGGGAAGAAGCUCCUAAUGAGGUACCUCGAGCUCCUCCCACCGGGAGGUGAGCUCAGCCGAGUCGUGUGCAUGGCUGUUUGUCGUAACUUGAGGUUUUUAUUCGGGAACACGCCAGCCAAUCGAGAGCUGUCGGAAGUGGUCGCCAGCCUGGCGAGGGCCCUCUCAUUGUGCGUUCGGUUCUUGGAUCUCAAGCCACUUGCGGCAUGUUUAGCUUCGGUGGUUUGCUCGAACGAGCACCCGCCCCUCCGCCCUGUCGGGCAUUCGGCAGGUGACGGAGCUUCUGUGAUUCUCGUUUCGGUGCUCGAGAGGGCCACCGAGCUUCUGACGGGCCCACGCGCGGCGGAAAGCUGCAGCGCGCACCAGAGGGCGUUCUGGCAGGCAUCGUUCGAUGCUUUUUUCGGGCUGCUCACGAAGUACUGUUUCAACAAGUAUGAUUCUGUCGUGCAGCAAUGUUUAGCCGUGUCCUCGCAUGGCUCACCGGAUGAGUUGGCAAAGGCAAUCAGUCGGGAGAUGCCGGUGGAGCUCUUGCGGGCGAGCCUUCCUCAUACAAGCGAGCAGCAGAGGAAGGUGCUGCUUGAGUUUGCCCAGCGGUCAAUGCCCGUGAUGGGUUUUGGUGGUGGCUCGUGA